UUUAGGCAGUCCGGAAAGCCUGAAAUGCUUUGUUCUUCAUGGCCCUACAGGGGCAAAACGAAUUCUUUGCAUACGACAACGAAAAUGCAGCAUGGCUUUGUUUCUUCCGCCAAUGAAGAUCACAUCGUGACAUCCUCCAUGUCACCGUUCAUGUUCGUUCCACCCGAUCUCCGCAACACAUCUCCUCCAUACCAUCCAACUGGCAGCAAUUUUCCCGGGUUAUCUCCUAAGGUUUCCCAUCCUCUGGUCAACCAAUACUCUGUCUCCACACCGAUCCAAAUCUCAGGCAAGACACCCGUCACGCUUUCUCCAUCCCCAAUUUCUUUUGACAAUAAAGAUCCUGUCGUCAGUGAGAACAGCCGCCUCUACCUCUCCCGCCUCGCGCUUCAAUAUCAGCAGAUCGCCGACCGCUAUGAGUGCUGCCUCUCUCAACUCGAAGAAGCGGAACGGGAGGCGGAGACCGUUAGUAAGCAGAACUCCAAUCUACGCCGUACUAAUGAAGAGCUCUGUCGGCGGUUGAGCGUCAACUCCGGGAAGCAUAAAAGCAAAAAUCCGAUUACUGAUGCGAACUCUCCAAUGUGGCUCCUGAAUGACCACUUUCGACGCCUCUCUUUGGCAGAGCGGCCUGAUGAAGCGAGCCCCACGAGCGUGUUUGGAUUCCAGGACAAUCAUCUAGGGAGAAAAUGGCCAUCUGUGGAUGACAAACGCAUCACGCUGCCAAAAAGCAUCUCGGUCCGUUCUACCGGCUAUCUCAAGCUCCACCAGAUGGUAGGCAGCUGCUCUGAAUUCAACCGCAACCCCAGACAUCGUCCCACCACUCCUGUGAUGCAACAGAAAGUGCGCCUGGGCGGGGCAGAGAAGAAGGAUGGUGGAGAAGCAGAAGAUGCCGUGGAAUUCGAUGUGUAUAGCCAGGGAAUGUUUAAGACUGAACUGUGCAACAAGUGGCAGGAGACCGGGGGGUGCCCAUACCGCGAGCAUUGCCAGUUCGCACAUGGAAUCACUGAGCUGCGCCCAGUCAUCCGCCACCCACGCUACAAGACCGAGCUUUGCCGCAUGAUACUCACCGGAGAUACCUGUCCCUACGGCCACCGCUGCCACUUCCGCCACUCUUUGUCUCCGCAAGACCGUCUCUUCCGUCCCACCUGACCUCUCUUUGCGCUGCCGAUUUAUCCAACCAUUUCGCAAUAAAAUACAAAAAGAAAGCAAAAUUUCCAAUCAGCAGUUCCGGGGUCACAGUUCCGAAUUAGUGCAGUGAAUUUACUAUGAUUCAUAACGCAUUUGUAAAUGAGCAGAAAAGAAGGGGAAGUGGAUUGCCAGGCGAAUAUGUAAUUUUAGGUGUACAACUUGGUAUAUGGUUAAUUAGUAAGUAAUAACGGUAAACUUGCAUGGGUUUUAGGUUGAUGAGUGAAGGGUGGUGCGUGCCGUCAUCCCGGGGUUCAGUUUUUCUUUGCUUUCCUCGAUCAAACUGUUUUUUCAAAGAUUUCUUCCAAAGUUCCUCGAAAAUAUUUCAAUUGCUUGAUUUUGUUAUUUGUUUA